AUGGAGAACUACGAGUCUCCCUCCGAAGUUUUAAAGAAAAAGGGAAAAAUCGAGCAAGGAGACAAGGUAAAGGAGAAAAAAGACAAACUAAAAUUCAUCGACAUAUUUAACGACAGCAAUGACGCAGAGAAGAGUGAUAAUAAAAUUGAGAAAUUUUUGAAAAAAAAAAAAAUAACUGAAAGUAGAAGGAAGGCAAAGAAUAAAAACGUGUAUCUUUUGGAAGGCCCACCAAAUGUGUACGCCACCGAUUUGGUGAGCUCCAGUUUUGCCAGUUCCAGUGUGGCCAACUCUGGUACCCCCGACGUAGAGAAAAACAUCCCUGGGACGAACAGCAUCCAGCGAAGCACAAAUCUGCUGAACAAUUUAAGCAUUUUUGCCAAUGAAGGAGAGCAGAAUCAUGGCUAUCUCGUUAAUGAGAUUUAUCGGCUGAAAGCCGAAGUGGAAGAAGAGAAACAAAAAGGGUGCCGGACAAAUGAGGAGACAAAACUGUUGAAGGAAAAAAAUGACAUACUCAGUAAGAGCAUCAGUGAUAUGAAGAUCGAAAUGGAAAAACUCCAAAAUAUUUACGACGAGGAAGUUGUCAAAAUAAAAGAGUCGUACGAAAGGCGCCUGCUAAUUUUUCAGACCGAACUGGAGGAAAAGGAAAAUUAUUUUAAGAAGCAGAAGGAGGCCCAUCGAGAGGAAUUCGAGUCUCAACUGGAGGAGUACAAGACUAUGUACCACAAUGAGAAAAGAAAAAGUCAAGACAGGGAAAGACUCAUCGAGGAGGCAGCCAUCGAACGGGAUAGACUCACCAAAGAGGCUGCCAUCGAACGGGAUAGACUCAGCAAAGCGGCUGACGCUGAAUUAGAACAUCUCCAAAACCGUGUAACCCAAAUGAGCGAACGGGAAAAAGACCUAACACAGUGCCUGAAUGAAGAGAAGGAAAAAAGUGAAGAAAUCAAAACGCAAGCAGAGAAGUACAAACAGGAAGCAGAGAAAUACAAAGAGGAAGCAGAGAAGUACAAACAGGAAGCAGAGAAAUACAAAGAGGAAGCAGAGAAAUACAAACAGCAAGUUCUCAAUCUGAACGAAAUAAUUAGCAAAAAAAAUGAAAACAUUAAAAAUAUGGUUAAUGAUAUCCUUUUGGUGAAAAAUGUAUAUGACGAGCUAGCCAAGGAGAAGGAACUGAACGAAUUAGGAAAAAAGAAACUCGUCAAAAAAAUCGAUACGUACGAGAAGGAUUUGCAUUAUUUAAAAAACAACAUGGAAGGAUACAGAGUGAACAAUGAUAAGUUGAGGAAGUGCAACCAGGAAUUGAAUGAGCGAGCGAGGAAAUUGGAAUGUCAGAUUCGUAGUCUUCAGAACGAAAAUGAAUUUUUAAAGAAAGAAAAUCUUCUUUUUAACAAAAAGUUUCUGAAUGUAAAAAGGGAGAAAAAGAUAGAGCAGCUGAACUACUUCUCCGACUCGACGGAUGUCAAGGAUGAGGAGCCUAGUGCGGACAGUAGUGGGGAGGGAAACAACUCGUUAGUGUCUCGCAAAGAUGACGUGCAAGUCAAAGAAGUGAAGUUGAUGGGACAAGCCAACGAGAUAAGAAAAGUGAAACAUGCGAGUGGUGAACACAGCGCUGACGAAGACAAGUGUACCAAGCGGAAGAAGAAAAAAAACAAGAAAAAUGUUUUAAAGAAGAAAAAAAAAAAUUUUGCAAAAGUUGUAAAAAGGGGCGAGAAAGGGGCAGGUAGAAGUGAUAGUAGUGGCGAUGGUGACAGCGACGGUGAUAGUGACCAUUGCGGUGAGGACGGGGAAGGCGCCUCCUCCAUCGGGGAGGAUCGCCCCGUAGAACCAACGUGCGCGCUGAGCCUGCUGACGACAACCGGUCGCGGAAAACGGAAAGACGCCCGGGGGAAGAAAAAGGGCAGCAUCAGUGGAACCCCAAGAGGAAAAAACGAAUCAGGCGAAUCAGGUGAAGCAAGCGAAUCAGACAAGUCAGAUGCAGGAGGCGAAUUGAACGAAUCAGACGAAGCAGGUGAAGCCAACCUCAGCACCCUAAGCCGAGUAGAAAGCAAACCCAACUCUGCAUGCUGUUCAGAAAAGGAAGUACACCUGUCCGAUAUGAGGCGCAGCAUAGGCAAUUUAGUAAUCGGAAAAAAACUGAAGGGAAAUACCAUCGGACCAAAUUACGAAGAAGUUGGAACUGCAGGCCGAUUCGAUAUGAUCUCUAAAUUUUUGCAGAACGGUUCAAAAGAUGAAAAGAAAAAAAAAAAAAAAAAAGAAAAAGAGAAAGAGAAAGAAAAAAGAACGUACGAUUAUAGUAAGACAAAUUUUAGUGCCACCAGUUUGGGCAGCUCCAAAAUGUUCAAUAAAGACCUAGGCAGUAACAGAUAUCUUUUCGAUCUGAAUCUCUACAGCUUAAAAAGGUAUAAUAUCUUCAGCUUCAGCAAUGGGGUAUUCCCCCAAAGUGGAGAAUACAAUUUGACGGACCUGGUGCGCAAGAAAAGGAGCUGUCCAGCGCGAAUGGGCCAUUUGGACGACGUGGACAAUUUGGACAAAAUGCCCAAUUUGCAUAUGAGUACAAACAACACUUGGCGCAGCCGAACGGAGGGGUUGUAUCGCGCGCUGAGGGAUUCCUCCUGCGGCGGAGCCAAUGGGGGGGAAGAGGCAGACAGUGUUGAAGCUUCUCCCCGCGCGAGAAUCCUCCAAGGAGGUGCCAACUCUGAAAAUCACACAAACGAUGACAUGGAGAGAAACAAAACAAUCGACUACUUCUUAUCUAACAUAAAAAAAGGAAAGAAACAUUCGAACGAAUUUGCGAUGAAGGGAACAACGACUCGUCUGCAAAAACUCCUCAGUGGACGUGACUCCUCUAGCGGGUCGUGCCAAAUGGGGAAAGGGCAGAUGGUAAGCAAGUUGCUGAGGAGGAAACAACCCGUCGAAUGCGAACAAAGCGAUCACCAUGGUAGUGCCGUGCACAGUGGCGGCAUCCACAGCGUAGGCGACACUACCGCUAACGAACUUGGGCGAUAUAGGAACCACCUCCGGGAAGAUCACCGCGACAUGCAGUCCUACCUCCUAAGCAAGUGCAAAGGAAAAAACAACAUAUACGGCUUGUUCAUCAUAAACGAACGUCUAAAGAGCAUCUACAAAAAUAUAGCAAACAAAAGAAAGUCAAUUAGCAACUUUCCAGUGAGUAUGCCAAAGAUUGAAAAUCAGAAACAGUUUAGUAGUUCCUUUGACAUCAUACAUAGGGGAAAGGUUCUUCCUGAGGUGGAGGAAAACACUUCCAUGGUGGUCCCCCUUGGGUGUAAAAAAAAUGCACACGAAAUGGUCCCUCCUUUUGAGCAUAGAGGAGGAGAGUCCAACGGAUUGAAUGCUGCUCUACAGAAGGGUCAAAUAAAGAGGGAACUUCCAUUGGGCGAUGAAACGAAGGGAACGAGUUUCACCUCCGCAAAUAGAUUAACAGAACAGACGCGUAGUGCAGGAAGUGCCUUUGUAGUCUCUGGAGAAGAUCCCCUUUCAACGGACGAGAAACAAAUGGGAAAAAAUCUCCUUUUGGAAAAUUCAAGAAAUAUGAACAGGGUAGGAAAAAAAGGGGAACCCAGUUACACACAGGAGGAAAAUGACGAGGAGGGAAUCUUUUUAAAAAAAAAAAAUUACCUCGGAGAGGGCCACUCUAUUUCGGUUAUGUUUGAUAAGAAUCAGCCAUCAACGGGGGGAUACCUCCCGUCAAAUGAGUCCCAUUCGAUAGUAGCAACAAACGGGGGAGAGACACACGUGCGUGGAGUGGAUGGUGAAACCCUCCGUUCCAUGGCAUGGCAUCCUUUGUACCAGGAGGGCAUGGAAAAAUGCGUUUCGUUCGUACAAGUGCGCAGGAAAGUGCGUCAGGAGGGACAGGACAAAGUUGGAAGAGGACCUGGGAGUGAGGGUCCUCCACCUCGAGAACGUCUGUCCUAUCGCGAUGGACCAGUUCAUCACGAUGGAUCGGCUCUUCACGCGAACGAACUAAGAGACAACGAAUUUGCAAACCACCUCAAUGGGAAGGAAGGCCGACCAAGAGGCAACCCACAACAAACAGGCAAAAAUGAGGAACACGAAUCAGUCAACAAGUUCGACUUAAAUGAUGUAUUUAAUUCCAAUUUUAACAACUUUUUAUUGUCCUAUAAGAGUAAAAAAAGGGAGAUCGCCGUAUCUCCCGCAUCUGCGGCUUCUCCCACGUCUCCCUCUCCUCCCGCUUCUUCGUCACCUUCCAGGAAUCGAAUUUUUGAAAUUUUAGAAACAAAAAACUCCCCAUAUGAUCACUCGAAGGAACGAAAUUGUAUAGACUCCUCGAGGGAAGACUCCUACUUCGAAGAUUACUUAAACGGUUUGAAGCAGAAGAGGAGUAGGGCUCGGGUGGGGGAAGACCCAAGAAGUGUGUACGUUCGCCGGGUUGAUAAAGAGGAGCAGCAAACCCGAUCCACGGAUAAACCUACACAGAGGGGAAGCAACAAAUGGGACCUAUUGGCCGAAACGGAGAAGUUCAUCAAACAAGAUUCUCCACAAAAUAGUAAUGGUGUGGAGGAUCCAAAUGCACGUAUGGAAAAUAAUGCCAACUCGGGGGGCCUUUUCGGGGGUGGAAGUGACUGUCCUGGGGAUUCCAACGGGGGAAAUAUUAAGAAAGAGAGUGAGCGGUUUCUAUUCAGCAGCAACUCCGUAAUGAACACUGGGUCGAACUCCAUCGGGGGGACGACGUAUAAAAAUGUUGUGAGGAGCCACAUCGAGAAUGCACACUUCACUAAUUUCGUUAAAAAUAAAAGGCAAAAGAAUAUCCUCCUGAGGAGAGGAGAUAGCAACUCUGGUCUUUGUCUGACCAAUCAAGAAUGUAAUACAUCAAAUAGGAGUGAUGAGCUGAAUUGGAAGAAGUCGCCAUGA